UCUUGAUCUGGAGUGCACACCCUCCGCUUCUCAACCUUCGCGUGGUCAAUUGCGCUCCAUCCUUUUCUCCUAGCUCCUCCUCCGUCUCUCGCAAAUCCGUCUUUUUUUGCCCGGUUUCGUUUUCCUCCUUGAUCAACACCAGCCGAUACCGGACAAGAUGGGAUACCUCGACGACGAAGUCAAACGCCUUCAAGGCAUUAUUGCCAACAUCGAGAGCCGGGUGCAGGCCCUGGAGAACAAGCAGUUUGGCGCUAGCCAAACGAAGACGGCGGAGGAGAUUCGCAUGAUCCUCAUCGGCCCUCCCGGUGCCGGAAAGGGGACGCAGGCGCCCAAGAUCAAGGAGAAGUUCAACUGCUGCCACUUGGCGACGGGCGACAUGCUGCGGUCCCAAGUUGCUAAGAAGACGCCUCUCGGCCGGGAAGCCAAGAAGAUCAUGGACGCCGGCGGCCUUGUCAGCGACGACAUCGUCAUUGGCAUGAUCAAGGAGGAGCUAGACAACAACAAGGAGUGCAAGGGCGGAUUCAUUCUCGACGGCUUCCCGCGCACCGUCCCGCAAGCCGAAGGCCUCGACAAGAUGUUGCGCGAGCGCAACAAGGAGCUGCAGCACGCCAUCGAGCUCAAGAUUGACGACGAGCUGCUGGUCUCCCGCAUCACCGGCCGCCUUGUCCACCCUGCCAGCGGGCGCAGCUACCACACCACCUUCAACCCGCCCAAGGUGCCCAUGACCGAUGACAUUACCGGCGAGCCGCUGAUCCAGCGCAGCGACGACAACGCCGAAGCCCUCAAGAAGCGCCUGGCCACCUACCACAAGCAGACCGCUCCGGUCGUCGAUUACUACAAGAAGACGGGUAUCUGGCAGGCCGUUGACGCCGCCCAGCCGCCCAACCAGGUGUGGAACAGCCUGCUGGCCAUCUUCGACGGCGACAAGGCGAAGGCCAAGUCUGCCGGCAGUGGCAUUCUGAACAAGCUCGCGUCUAGCUCGUAGAUGGGCGGCGCGGGUACGGACUGGGCUGGGGACGGGGGCGGAACCGAGACGAAACGGGACGGCAGGGAUCAGAGGCGGCGGGACCUCGACAUGCUGCUUUAGUUUGGUCGCGGUUGACGGGAGGUAUUUCGGACGAGCGGAGAAUCUCGGCGACCGGUUUUUAGGCCGGAAUGGAGGGGGACGAAUUCCGGAUGUCGUCUCCGUCACCCAACCACAUCCGAUGGACGGACUUCUUGCACGUGCCGUCGAAAGGAGUUGCGGAAUAUCGGCAUAUAUACCCGGUGUCGGCCGUGGCGAAUCUCAAGACGGGAUCUGCCGGCAUGGCGGGCUUCGUGUUAAUGAAGUCUUGUACUCUAACACAUUGUAGAAAUGCUUAACCUAUUACUAC